ACGAGUCGACUUUCUUCUAUGAAAUGUCGAAAGUCAGUCUGCUGCUGCACGUAGUGCUCCUAGCCACUCUCGCUGCAGGAAGCUAUCACACCGUCAUAAUCACGCAGAAGGUUAACGAUAAGGAAACCAUAGUACCGUCAAUAGUAACAGUGGCAGAAGGCAGCGAUCUGUCACUGAACUGCAAGAGCGUGUCCUUUGGCAGCAGCAUUCGUCCUGGAAAUCACCAGCAUGAAGUAAUUUGGAGCCGGGUAGAAAACAGGAGAUUUCAGGCACCACGCGAGCCCCUUCGGACGAUACAGAAGAACACACGUCUGAUAUUGGAGAAGAUUACGCCGGAAGACCGGGGUCGCUAUGUUUGCACAAGUGCGCACUAUCAUCUGUCACGUGUAGUGUACGUUAGUGUAUUACCUGAACAUCCAGUUCAUUUCUUCUCCUAAGCUAAACAAUCGUCACAAUAAAAUUAAUGCGACCAUCGAAAAUUGUGCUACCUGAGAGCGCGUGUUUUGAUAUCAAUUGAAAAUAAUAUUGGACCAUAUGUGGUGCCUUGAGGUACUCCCUUGAUGAGAUUAUUUAGAUAUACGGUUUGAGAUCGAUUUCCAAGCUUCUCUCCACGAAAUGUCAGCAACUGUUUCGUAUUGGGUGCAUUGUAAAAGACACAACUGUAAGCACUACUUAUUUAUUCAUUAAAUUGUUA